GCUUCUUCUUCUUCUUCUUCCUCUCCUUGUUUAAUUUUUCCGAUUUCCCUGAUCGAAAGCUUUAAUCUUUUCUCAUGCUUAACGAUGAUUUGGCUUGGCAUUACUAUUGAAUUGCUAAUGCAAUUGAACAAACUUAGAGGUUUUUUUAUUAAAACCAGAUAUAACUCUCUCUUACAUCUCAUUUGUAUUCAGGAUUAUAAAGUAUUGAUCUUUGUGAUUGGUUGUUUUCAUCUGCUUUACAGAGAAACGAAGUCGAGACAUUAGAAGUUUCAUUAGUUGUUGUUGUGUGUGUGUGUGGUUCUGGAGAAUUUUGAUUUUUUUUUUGUGUGAUAAACUUGUGUGAAUGGGAGCUCCAAAGCAGAAGUGGACAGCAGAAGAAGAAACAGCUCUUAAAGCUGGAGUACUUAAACAUGGAACUGGAAAAUGGCGUACCAUUCUCUCAGAUCCUGAGUAUAGCUCAGUUUUGAAGUCUCGUUCCAAUGUGGAUCUCAAGGACAAAUGGAGAAAUAUAAGUGUGACAGCUUUAUGGGGAUCUAGGAAGAAGGCUAAACUCGCACUUAAAGGAGCUCCUACGUCGGGUCCUAGGCCAGAUGAUAACGCUACAGCUAUUACCAUUGUGUCUCUGGCUAAUGGUCACAUUGGUGGUGAUGUAGGAGGACAGCUGAUGGUUGAUGCACCAUCUCCUCCUGAAGCUUCUUGUGAACCACCAAGAGCUUUUAAAGGACCUUUUACAAGUGUGGAUAAGAUUAUAUUGGAGGCCAUUACCAAUUUGAAGAGACCCUUUGGUCCUGACGGCAAGUCGAUCUUGCGGUAUAUUGAGGAGAAUUUCAAGAUGCAACUGGAUAUGAAACGGCUUGUGUCUUCAAGACUAAAGUAUUUGACAAAUGUUGGAACGUUAGUUAAGACAAAGCACAAAUAUAGGAUAUCUCCAAAUUAUAUGGAUGAAGGAGCGAGACAAAACCUAAGGUCUCCUCAAGAGUUUUUGGAAGGAAACAAGGAAAAUACUCCAAAACCUGAGGAGAACGGCAUCAAAAACCUUACUAAAUCCCAAGUAGAUGGAGAAGUUAUAAUAAAGGGCAUGACAGAAAAAGAGGCUGCUGCAGCUGCUGCAAGAGCCGUGGCAGAAGCAGAAUUUGCAAUAGCAGAAGCUGAAGAAGCGGCAAGAGAGGCAGAUGAAGCAGAAGCCGAAGCUGAAGCUGCCCAUAUAUUUGCAAAAGCGGCAAUGAAAGCUUUGAAGUAUAGGUAAACUCGGUAAGAACUAAGAAAUCAUUGAUGUUGUAUGAGUACUAUUGAUACUGUAUUGUUGAUAUUAUAUCGUUUUGAUAUAAUCUUCAGGUUAUGUCCUUAUUUCAAAUUUGCAUUGCUGCAGUGUUUUUGGUCAGUUAACAGUGUACAUUCUGCAGCUUGUAAUGUAUUCUAACUCCAUUGACUAUGUAAAACCUGUUCCCUUUUUCUUCUUCUGUUGAUCUGUUAUUCCUA